GCUGCUGCUCUCCGGCUGCCUCCCUGACUCCGCCCUCCUGCAGUUUCCGAACAGCGCAGGGCGAACCCAAGAAAGAGCCGCUCCUGCUUUUCUUUCCACCUCCGAGCCGUGCUUUCUUUCCCCCUUGCCUUUCUUGCCUUCCUUCCUUCUCAGCUCCUGCUUUCCUUGCCGCCGAGAGAGAGAGACACGUUGCUUUGAGAUCUGCCCAGAGCCUUGGACUUUCUCGGAGUCCUUCUGGAUCACCGGGGAGGAUCCGCAAGCCCUGGCACCAAGGCAAAGGCAAGGUGGCAUUGGAGGAGAGAGACAACACUUGGGCUUCUCUUGUUCUUCUUCAGCAUCUGUGGCUGGGCGACGUCCACGGGGAUGUGGGUGUUUUCCUUCAUUCAAAGUAUGCCUGCUCUCUCAAGCGCCCCGCGGACUUCAAUGAAGGUCUUCUAAGAAGCGGGGAAAUAAUUAAGAAUACAUUUGGUCACGAACAAAUCUAGACAAUCCUGUGAUCGGGUCACCUUAGGGUCUCCAGAGGUCGGAGAUGGCUUGAAGGCACACAAAAACGACCACAAAGAAGACCCAGGGUGAGGAACCCAUUCAAGUCACAGAUGAAAACUCCUACAAUCCACAAGAAGACAAAAUAAGACCAGGAUGGUCUCUCAGAGCAAUGCCUCCUUAAAUGGGACAAACCACCCCAGCCAGGGCAUCAUGGAUAUAUCCCAAGAUCAAAAGCCGCUCAACCUUUUCCUUUUUGGAGUAACUUUCAUCAUUACCUUUGCGGCGUUCCUGGGCAGCAUCUAUUCCUUGGUGUCUCUGCUGAGGAUGCAGAACAAAAGUACUCUUUCCAUGCUGGUGACUUCAUUGACCGUGGAUGAUCUGGUCAGCGUGGUGCCGGCAACAAUCUUUAUGGUCAAACUGUGGCUGAACGAGAUGCUUCCCCCGACCUUAUGCACCACGUCAGCGCUACUGUACUUAUUUCAGGGCUUUUCCAGCAACCUGAUGGGCUCCCUGGUAGUUUCGUACAACUUCUACAGCCUUAACAAAAUGGAAACCAGCCCGAGGGCUACCAAAAGGCCAGUUAGCAUGAUCUGGGCGGUGCUCACCAUUUGGAUGGUCAGUUUGCUGAUCUGUAUUUUGCCUCUCUGUGGCUGGGGGACUUAUGCCACAACCUCCUGGGGGUGCUUUAUGGACUGCACCAGUUCUUACAUCUUGUUUCUUUUCAUCAUCUACUCCUUGUGUUUCUUCCUCCUCCUCGUACUUUCCAUUCCUCUCAUUUAUCAGCUCUUGUGUUCAGAUGAGCAGCUGCACCUUUACGACGACUAUCAUCAAAUCACCCGAGGAUAUUUCUCACCUGGGUCGCCCCCAAUGGGUAUUCACACCCUGUCCCUCUCUCCAGAGCACACAGGGACCAAAAGCCUGAAGCAUUUGCGAGAUUCUGGCCCCAAAAUCCAGCAAGGUCCCGCUGAUGACCACUAUCGAGUAGACCACUAUGGCACACAAAGCAUGCCAUAUCACAGCCGAAACUUCACUGUGGAAUUUGCUCAGAAGCGCUUCUCGCUGAUUCUGGCUCUGACCAAAGUCAUUCUUUGGCUUCCAAUGAUGAUACAAAUGGUUGUUCAACACACGGUUGGGUUUCAAAGCCUAUCCUUUGAGAUAUUCAGCUUUCUGCUAACUUUGCUAGCUGUCACUGUCACUCCAGUGUUUGUCUUGUCAGAACACUGGAGCCACCUGCCUUGUGGCUGUAUCAUCAACUGCAGAAAGAACAUCUAUGCUGUCUCUUCAGAAGAAAGCAAGACAAAAAGAAAAGGCUUUGAAUUCAACCUGUCAUUUCAGCAAGGUUAUGGAAUCUAUAAGAUAUCCCACGACAACCGCCACAGUGAUGAUAGCAACUCACUAUCAUACCACAGCUUGCUGAACUAUGAUUGUGACAAUACAAAAGAAACUCAAAAGGAAAGCAACAAAAUUGAAUUCAGCACCAUCUCUCUUGAGAACAGCUCCACACUUAAGGAGACAGUCAACAAGUGCAAAAAAACAGUUGGCACAGACACAAGACAAGACCUCAGCAAGGAUAAGUUCUUGGACUGCCUGCUUUCUGACAAAGUAGGAUCAUAUAUGAAAGAAGACAGCAGGAAUAGUGAGAAGUGCACUUUUUUGGAAGGCCCAGAAAGAAGGCUUUCUCAUGAGGAGGGCCGGAAACCAGAACUUUCAGACUGGGAGUGGUGCAGAAGUAAGUCGGAACGGACACCUCGACAGCGUUCUGGCGGUGCAUUAGCCCUCCCUUUGUGUGCAUUUCAAGGGACCGUCUCUCUCCAUGCGCCUACUGGAAAAACCCUCUCUUUGUCAACAUAUGAGGUAAGCACAGAAGGACAGAAAAUCACACCCACGUCAAAGAAAAUCGAAGUGUAUCGCUCUAAAAGUGUGGGUCAUGAGCCGAACCCCGAGGAUUCUCCAACCACCUUUGCUGACACAAGUGUGAAGAUUCACUUAGAGGUGCUUGAAAUCUGUGACAACGAAGAAGCCAUGGACACUGUAUCGAUCAUCAGUAAUAUCAGCCAGUCGUCUACUCAAGUCCGGUCUCCAUCACUGCGUUAUUCUCGGAAAGAAAACAGAUUUGUCUCCUGCGAUUUAGGGGAAACAGCUUCGUAUUCGCUCUUCAUACCAUCGAACAAUCCCAACAGUGAUAUUAAUAUAUCAAUUCCUGAUACUGUGGAAGCUCACAGGCAGAAUAGUAAAAAGCAACAUCUGGAGAAAGAAGGUUAUCAAGAAGAAAUACAAAUGUUAAACAAAGCCUACAGGAAAAGAGAAGAAGAUGGGGUCAGCAACUAAAAUGCAGAAUAAAAACAAUUAGAGAAAUUAGACCUGAGUAACUGGAAAAUUCUGGGAUUUGCAGUUUAUCCCACCCCCUUUUUUCAUGCUCUGCUCACAAUGAUAUAUUUGCUGCUCAAAAAAUUCAUCACUCACUCCAUUGCUGCUAAACUCAGAGAAAUGUCUGGAGCAUAAGAUGUCAUCAUCCCUGAAAAUCAAAAACUCAGUGUUCCACCUCCAAAAACCUUGAAUUUUUACUUCCCCUGAUCAUGAGCUCUCCCAACUAUGGAUCUGGCUUAGAGACAAAAAAUAACCCACCCCUUCUGACUACAAUGAGCUGAAAAGGGUUUGAAUGUGGAGGUAUAACUACUUGAAUUACCCCUAUGACAUCCUCCCAUUGAUAUCAGUGGGAUUUAUGCUGCCUAAUUAUGUGCAGGAUUUCAGCCAAACCUUGUAAUGCGGCUCAGGGUUUGGCACCAGAAGGAAGACAAUGCUUUUCUAAAUCAAUACUUACUACCAUUUUUAAUCUCAAUUUACCUAAUUAUGAUGCUCAUGAAGAGAGAGAAUGGCAAGCUAUUUCCCACCUGAGCGGUUAUUAUUGCUUUUAUAAAAAGUAACCACCAUCAGUAAGAAUUAUACAUUUUUAAAGAAAAUAUUUUUAAAGAUACAUGGAAUUUACCCGCUUAUUUUGAUGGAGAUUUCUACUUUCCUGCCUCCUAUGCAGCAGUGAAGCUAGGUAAUUUUAAGCCCAGUGUUGUAACAGUUUCAAAUAAAAGAGAAAUUAUGUUGAUUUUCCUCUUUUAAUACAAAAUACAAUGUGGCUUCCUACUCUUUAAAUGUGGGUAGCAAAAUGCAAGGGUCAACAUGUUGUAAAUGUGGCUACUUGCAUUGUGAUGUACUUGCUUUGUGUGACAUUGCACAUUAAAGACUGAAUCAUAUUUUGCAAAUGUUUAGCCCUGACAACACAGGCCAUAGAACUGGAGCUCAUCUUAUUUGACAUGAGUCACUCAUUGUUUCUAUUAGCAUCCAAAAUUCAACAUAAAGUUAAUAUGGUAGCAACAAAACUGUUUGUAUCAAGUUUAUUACAUAGGCACAAGCUAGACAACUGGGGAACAGGUUGUUAAUUACUGUACAAGCAAUUUGAAGUAUGAACUAAAAACUAAUCUGCAUAUACUGGAAACCCAGUGUGCACAUAGCUUGUUAUAUGUACAAACAAGGUAGCCGUUGACUCCAGCAAAGUGGACCUCAGCAUACAAAAUAGUUAAAUUCCUAUUGCACUGAAUGGAGAAACCAUCUGUAAAUUGGGGCCUUCAAAGCCAAAUCACUGAAUCACUCUGAAAGCUAUACAUUAUCUAAUCUCAUUGGAAAGCAAAAAUGCACAGAAUAUUUUGUUGAGACCAACCUUGACUUUAUAUCACAAAGUGAAGUUUUAAUCUGGCCUGUUUUGCACUGCCCCAGUUUUAACAACCAUGGAUUUAUCUCUAAUAUUUUUGUAACCUCCUGGUAAGUACUGAUUUACAUUUUGGGAAUGGUGACUAUAGAGUUCUGUGAAAUUUCUGAGGGGCCCUUUUACAAUACAGCACUAUGAUUCUACUUUAAUUGCCAUGGUUUCAUCCUAUAAUUCUAAUCUGUAUAAUUCUAGUCAAUCAUUCCAUAGGAAACAGUCAUGGCAGUUCAAGUGGUAUCAUAGUUCUGUAAUGAUGUAGUGUGGAAGGUCCUCAGAUCUAAUAUUAUCCCAGACCAAGUACUGUAGUGAUUUAUUAAAAGCUUGAGUCUCCUUCAAGCAAGCUUGAAUCUCACAGGACAGUGACUGAAAAAGAGAUCAUCUUCAAGAAAAUGUCUAAUCUAAUGAAUCAACUCAAUGUCUAAUGAAUCAACUCAUUCUUAAUCUGAUCAUAUUCUUAUGAUGGCAAGAAAAAGAGGUGCAAGUGUCUGGCAAGGAUUCAUUGGUUUUCAAUUUUUAAUCAGGCUGUUAAUCACAGAGAUUAAUUUAUCUUUCAUUCUAUCAUGAUGUCCAUCAACAAAAAAGAGAAUUUUCAAUUAGGUCAUUUUAAAGAAGGCCCUUCCUCAAAUCAUUGAUUCCGAAUACCCAAUGUCUCAGUUUUGUAUUUAAUGUCACAAACAGAAUCCCAGAAAUACAAAAGAGCCUCCUUUGGACUGUGUCUCGUGGAGUUGAAAAGCAUCUUGCCAAAGUGUCAGAGCGCUGUUUGAUCCAUUUUUAAAGCCUCCAAACUGUUCAACCUAGCCAGAUGUGCAUCAGUGCUGCAAUUUUUGUUUUUCUUAGGAUUCCCAACUGGGGUUAUUUUAUUAAUUGCUCAGUGAGCCCAGAGCAUUGGGGAAGGGUGUACCUUAUUUUGGACUAGAAUUCCCAUAAUUCUCAUCCUCCAUGGCCAGGCUAGGAGUGGGUUGGAUGAUACAUUCCUCUUUGUAGCUGCAGUCACCCCCCCCCCCCCCAAAGAAUAAUAAGAAUAAUAAGAAUAAUAAGAAUAAUAAUAAUUUGCCUAGAGUUUUGAAGGGCUCUUUAACAGGUUUGGAUAGGCAUAAGCCUGCAACAUGUAAGUGAAAUAGUGAAUGUAGCCCAGCAUGUUUGAACUUCCUAAUGGGAAAGAAAAUCACUAAUGUUCUUUGCUACUGAAAUGCUUCUUGCAAAUACCAACACUUCAAAUAUGGCCAGUUGUUAACUUUCCCCAAAGGUUUCUCCUCAGCCAAUUGUGCAGGUAAAUCUCUCCAUGACUCAAAAAAUACCACAGCAGCCAAAAAGCUAGGGCAUCCUCCAAUCCACAAAAAACCUACAGUGUUUUCUAUUUAAGGUAAUGGCAGGGUAUAAUUAAGAGCCACUCAUUCCCAGCCUCCUGGGCAAAAAUAAAUAAAUACAUAAACUAUGAAGUUGCAACAAGGCUGUGAAAGGGACACUUGGAGCCUAAGGCAUCAAAACACUUCACCCAACUCUGCUUUCAGAAUUCUGCUUAAUCCUUACUUUUUAGAGAGGUCAAUAUUUUGUGUAGGAAACAAUUUUACAGACAAUAUUUGAACACUGGUGAGUUGUGUUUAUUUCGGGUUAGAGUUUAGAUAAUGCUUUAUAAUAGAACGUACAAGCAGUUCUCAACCCAACCUAAUUGUAAAGUACUGUAAUGCUGUUGUAUGAUAUAAAAAAGAAUAAAUCUUCUUCUAUGCCA